UCUCGCACUCGUUCCUUCUCUCUCUGCAAAACCAGUUACAUCCAAAGCUACCAAAACAAGAAGGAAGGGUUUUUCUCUCUUCAAAUUUGUUAGCUACACACUUCUUUUAACUUCGAUUUUAAAUGUAAUUCAGAUUCAUUUCACUUCACUUUCCCUCACUCAAUUUAGGGCUUUAUUCUCCCUCUCUUCCCCAAAACCCCCCUCUCACAAUUCGAUUGGUAUUCUGAUUACUCGAUCUCACCAUGGAAGCCCGAGAUUUAUUAUCAUCGUCCCCGUCUUCAACCGCUAACCGCGAUGCUUCUUCCGCCACUGACGGAGACGACGGCGUUUUCACGGUCACUGUCGCCCUCACCAAAGACGCUGCGUUGCAUUUCCAGUCUGGCAAGUUCGCCGAAUGCGUCGAGGUCUUGAACCAGCUUUUGCAGAAGAAACCAGACGAUCCCAAGGUCCUUCAUAAUAUUGCAAUUGCGGAAUUCUUUCGGGAUGGUUGUUCAGAUCCCAAAAAGUUGCUUGAAGUAAUUAAUGGCGUCAAGAGAAAAAGUAAUGAGCUUGCUCUGACUUCUGAAGAACAAGGAGAUUCGGUUAAUAAUGUUGGAAAUAAAGUUGUUUUGGGAUCCAAAGGAAGUAAUGCUUCGGCACAUCCGUUUUCAGGUGCAAAUAGCACCACCACAAUGUAUACAGAUGAAUUUGACGCUUCUGUGGCAAUUCUAAAUAUUGCCAUCAUCUGGUUCCAUUUUCAUGACUAUGCAAAGACGUUGUCAGUGUUGGAACCUCUCUUUCAAAAUAUUGAACCCAUAGAUGAGACAACAGCUUUACAUAUUUGCCUUCUACUGCUUGAUGCUAGCCUUGCUUGCCAUGAUGCAUCAAAAUCAGCUGAUGUGUUGACUUAUCUGGAAAAAGCAUUUGGUGUUAGUAGUGUGAGUCAAGGUGACAAUGGGAACACAGCACAGCAGCAACCUACUAAUCUAAUUACAAAGUCUGCACCUGUCACCAUUAGUGCAUCAUCUGCUGAUGCAUCCAGUUCUGAUUUAGGAUCAGGUGCUAAUGCCUCUGAAAAUCAUCUAUCCAGAGCUUUGUCUGAAGAUACAUUUGAUUAUGAAGCCAUGAUUUUGGAUAUGGGUGGACAAAAUUUAGUGAGGCCAAUGGGCCCAUCUUCAAAUGAUCUUUCAAGGGCUUUGGUUGACAGGUUUUCUACUGUUGAUUUAAAGCUUAAGUUGCAACUUUACAAGGUUCGGUUUCUGCUUCUUACUAGGAACCUGAAGCUAGCAAAACGAGAAGUCAAACUGGCUAUGAAUAUUGCACGUGGAAGAGACUCAUCCAUGGCUCUUCUUUUGAAAUCUCAGCUUGAAUAUGCUCGUGGUAACCACCGCAAAGCAAUAAAGCUAUUGAUGGCAUCAAAUAAUCGGACAGACACAGCAUUUUCAAGCAUUUUCAACAACAAUCUUGGGUGCAUUUAUUAUCAGCUUGGGAAAUAUCAGACGUCCUCAUUAUUCUUCUCAAAGGCAUUGACUAAUUGUUCAUCCUUGCGGAAGGACCAACCAUUAAAGCUAGCCACUUUCUCGCAGGAUAAUUCUGUCCUUAUAAUUUAUAAUUGCGGUGUCCAGUACUUGGCUUGUGGGAAGCCAAUACUUGCUGCUCGGUGUUUCCAGAAGGCAAGUUUGGUCUUUUACAAACAGCCUCUCUUGUGGCUCCGACUCUCAGAAUGCUGUCUGAUGGCUUUAGAAAAGGGCCUAAUCAAAUCAAGUCGGGGUUCUUCAGAGAAGUUGGAGAUUGGAGUUUGUGUUGUUGGGAUGGGAAAAUGGAGGCAACUUGUGGUGGAAAAUCAGUUUUCAGGAAAUGUUCAUGUGAACUUAUCUGAAGGGGAUGAUUGUUGUCCAAGCGAUGAUGGGCGGCUGAAGUUAUCGAUGUCCCUUGCUCGACAGUGCCUCUUGAAUGCUCUUCGCUUGCUGGACUCCUACAGUACAAAUUAUUUGAAGUCUGGUUUGCCCUCUAAUUCGUCCAUGGAGGAAAAUGAUACAAGUGAAGUGUCACCUUCAAAAAAUCCAAAUCUUAAAAACUUACAUAGCAUUGAGUCAAAGGCAUUUUCAGUAGCUGUAGGUUUAGGUCAGGUUAAUUCGAAUGGGGACACGAAAGAACAAAAGGGAGGAACUAGUCAGGAACUCGUUCAGAACUCCCUCUUCUACUAUGAAGAUGUCUGUAGAAGAGAAAAUCAAUUGGUUAAGCAAGCUGUUCUUGCUAAUUUAGCAUAUGUGGAGCUGGAAUUGGACAAUCCUGUGAAGGCACUGUCAGUUGCAAAAUCUCUCGUAGAACUUCCUGAAUGUUCCAGAAUUUACAUCUUUUUGGGCCAUAUAUAUGCAGCAGAGGCUCUCUGCUUGCUGAACAGACCAAAGGAAGCUGCUGAGCACUUGUCAUAUUAUUUGUCUGGGGGGAACAACGUUGAAUUGCCAUUCAGCCAAGAGGACUGUGAGAAAUGGCAAGCGGAGAGGACUGCGGAAUUUGAAGAGUUGAAUGGAGGAUCAACUGCUGCCAAGAAUUCUUCUCUUGAGGACACUAAAAGUAUUGUUUUCCUCAAGCCAGAGGAGGCACGGGCAAUAAUAUAUGCAAAUUUUGCAGCAAUAUCUGCCAUGCAGGGUGAAUUUGAGAAAGCCAAUAUAUUGGUUUCGCAGGCAUUGUCCAUAUUACCAAACAGUCCAGAAGCAACACUUACUGCAGUUUACGUUGAUCUCUUGCUUGGUAAGCCACAGGAAGCUCUAGCCAAAUUAAAACGUUGUAGCCGUAUUAGGUUCCUUCCUAGUGGAACAACAUUGAAUAAAUCUUCUUGAGUGUUGUAUGCUUGGGUUUUAUCAUCGUGCCUGGCCUAUCUCUCAGCGUUAGUUAGCAGGUAGCUUAAUCCUUCCAUAGCACUUGUAACAUAUAUAAGUUCAAUUCAGAGAAUAAUUUUUUGUGAUUCGUUUUCCUUAUAAUUCUCAAAUUUAGGGUUCACUAAUAGGUGGUGACUGUGUUUUGGUUAGUGCUGGUGCCCACCUUUGAAAUUUGAGGUGUAGAUCUGAUUCGGAUUGUGUUUUUAGAGGCAAAUUUAGUUGAUAUUCAAGAAUAGAGGUCAUGUGCUUAUAUUGAGAAAUCUGAAAAGUUGAUAGUUAUUUUUAGAGUUCCAUUUUUAAUCCGGGGGAG